AAAAGAAAUACCUCGCAUGAUUGGUGCCAGGUCUGAAAACAACAAUAAUGCAAUGCUUUCACCACUCACUCCAACAGAGAUAUUUGUAUCACCUUGGGUAUGAUAUGUUGCUGUGGUUCCCUCUGGUUUCAACAGGCCCAACAAACUCUAUUAGCAGUGUUUAUCAACCCAAAUACAUCAAGGGAACGCAAGGAGACGAGUAAGCAAAUGAUGCGACAAAUCAAGUCUCGUCGAGCUGUACAGAAAAAGAUCAAGUUAGUCAGGCUGUAGAACGAAUCAACUCAGAUUGCCUCAAUCAUACGACGAAUAUUAUCAUCACUAUAUCA